AAAUAUGGGAGAAAGCAAAAUGAAUUUAGGAAAUAAGAAACAAAAAGUUAGGAACACUGAAUGCGUCCAAAUAUUGUGAUUAUUUUUACCAACAAUAUUUUUUUUCUCCAACAAUUUAAUAAAUUCUUGGGUUUACCCAAGAAUUUAUUAAAUAGUAUCCCAACAUAAUAUGUUGAAUAUGUCAACAAUAUUUGAUGUGUAUGACUUCAAAAUGGCAUCCAUUAGCAACUGUUAUAUCGCACUAAGUAAUUAAUUCUUGUCCAAAAAACAAUUAAGCUAGUAAAUUAAUAGCCGAUUACAUAUAGCACGUGUUACAUGCAGACGUUUUAACAUCUUUUACUGUUCAGUAGAAUUGUUUUAGUAAUGUGGAAGUUGUUUCAGAACUACGUAAUUGCCUUAGUGCAGUACCGUGCGUUUUUUCAAGCUUAAAACUUUUAGGACAUGUGCUGCUUCUGUUUUACUAAACAGAAAUAUACAGGGUGGAUUAUUGAGAUAGAGUAGUAAGAGCAACCAUAACUGCUGUAGCUACAAGAAAACGCCUUUUGAGACUGUCCGUAAAUUUUUAAAGGUAGUAUCUGCACUAAUAAAUUUUGAAAAAAAAAAUGUCAUUAAGUAAUAUUGAAUAUUUAGGCAUUUUUUGACAACAUAUACCUUGUACUAAGAAUAAGAUAAGGCAGUUGUGAAGUCUAAAAAUGCUCAACCUUUCUCCACAUAUUUUGUACGAAAUGCGAGUUCAGGUCGGUUUUAAAUAUAAUAAAAUUUGGUUUUCACGCUCGAUUUAUCUACAAAAAUGCAUAAAAGGGUUUUACGAAUUGAAAAAAGUACAAACGUCAAUUGUUCAGGGAAGACUGAAAUGAAAUGAAACACCAAUAAACAAAUUAAAUACGUAUUUUUUCAAACCACAAAAAAACGCUACCAUGUAAUCCAAAUAUAACACUACAAUAUUGAUUUAAUUUUACACCUCAAUUAAUAUGGCAUUAUCUUAAUUAUAAAAUAAACUAGCAACCAGCUGUAUAAGAAUAAAUCGUUUGCCAGGAGUAUAACGUUCAGAUUGGUGUAUUGGAGGAUCAUCACAAUGCUACGGAUAACGCUCUUCUUGAUGGUCGCGGCACUCGCGUGCCACGCGGCUCCUGCCUCCGACGAUGAAGCUGCCGACCAUCUAUACAGAAGUGUUAUAAUCGCCGACUACGAGACCGCUCUGUCACAGAGUAAAGAACUCGAAAAAGAGAAGAGAGGCAAAGUCAUCUCGAAAACUGUGGAUAAACUGCUCAACGAGGACAUGCUGAAGCUUAUGUAUUACGCGUACUAUCUGUGGAACCACGACGCCCAAGACAUCGUAAAGAAUGACUUCCCGGUCGAAUUUAGAAUGAUCUUCGGCCAGCUUUCCGUCAAGCUCAUUAACAAGAAAUUCGGCAUGCGGCUCAAAGUAGGACUCAAGACUGAUUCCGACGGUGAAAGGACCGUUUAUGGUCAUAGCGGUGACGCUGGUAAUAGGGCAGUCUGGCAAUUCAUUAAUGUCGAGGCAACGGACAAAAAAAUCUACUUUAAAAUCUACAAUCCUAGCGAUAACCAAUUUCUGAAAACCGGAAAUACAAUUGAUGCUUACGAUGACCACCCGAUUUACACUUCUACUAACUCUGAUACUUACAGACACCAGUGGUACCUUUUGCCAGUGAUGUUCAAUAAGGAGAUCCUGUUCUACGUCAUCAACCGGGAGUACCGCCAGCCCCUGAAGCUGGCCCAAUCCACAGACUCGGAUGGCGACCGCCAGGCUUAUAGUCACGGGGAAGAUCCGUCUGGCGCUCUUGAACGCUUCGCAUGGAAGAUUGAACGAUCAUGACAAUGCUUCGGAUAACGCUUCUCCUAGCGCUCGCGGCACUCGCCUGCCACGGCGCUCCAACUUCCGAUGAUGUAGCAGUCGAUCGGAUGUACAAAAGCGUUAUUGUCGGUGACUACGAAAGCGCUGUCGCUCUCAGCAAAGACAUCGAGAAGCAAAAGCGAGGUGAUGUUAUCGCUCUCGCCGUCAACAAACUGAUCGACGAAAGCCAACGCAACGUUAUGGA